CAACUCUAGCGUUGAAACAAAGUACAGAUAAAAGGUCUACUUCUGACACUAAGUCUGCUAUUAAAAUAAUUACAGAUGAUAGCUAACGAGAAUUCAAAAUUCAAAUUAUAUGUUCUAUAGACUGUAACUUAAGUAUAACAUGCGUUAACUAUUUUCGUAUUUCCGCGUUUAGUAAUUAUUUAUUCAAAGCCUCCUGGUUCCGCAAAGUCGCUAUUAUAAGGUAUUGUUAAAUUCUGCAUUGUACGCCUGAUCGAUAUGAAGCAACCGCGAUUCAAAAUAACACCUGAGAGCGCAGUUAAUUUUAUAAGAGUCACAGUGUACUUGACUUGUAUUUCGCUGCCGUUAUCGGGAGGCACAGCGAGAUUUAGAUUCGAGAUAAUAUUAUGGCUGCUCGUGAUUUUAGCGAUUUCUUUAUUCAUCCCGCUUGUUGCUUCGAUAAUAAAGUACUCCAAUGACACGUUCGUUGUCAUGAAGUCAUUUAUCUUGAUGUCGGCAAUCUCCAACUACGUUUUCAAAGUUAUAAUAGUUAGGAUUUACCACAAAGAACUGCAGCAACUGGGAUCGGCAUUAAAUGAAUUUAUUAAAAAAACGAGUGUCAGUGAGAAAGAAAUUUUGCAAAAAUAUGUCAACAAUUGCUGGAUGUUUCAUGGAUUCAUGACAUGUAGCUACUACUUAACUACGACAGCAGUAAUCCUCGGACCCCUGAUUCUUCCCCAGAAGUUUCCCACCGAUGCAGUUUACCCGUUUUCAGUGGAAAAUCGCCUUGUUUCACGGAUAGUUUACUUGCAUCAAAGCAUUGUCGGGUACCAGUGUUCGGCGGGAAUGGCUCUAGAUUGUCAGGCUGCUAUGUAUUUGUGGUACUUGAGCGCCAGGUUUGAGAUUCUCAGCUCCGAAAUCAAAAAUGUUAAUAGCCAUAAUAACUUACGUAAUUAUAUUAAGAAACAUCAAAAGACGCUGAUGGAUGCUAAGGAAUUGAUUCGUCCAACAAGGUUAUUAGCUUUGGUAACGGUUAUGAUGACCAAAAUUGGGAUGAUUUUUGGAGGAAUCGUGUUAAUUUCAGAUGAACCAGUGGUUAUUAAAAUUCAAUUUGGGAUUUUGGUUAUCAGCACAACGAUUAAUAUUUAUGUAUGCGCUUGGGCUGCAGAUAAUUUGAUAACUGUUUCAAGCACAAAAUUAUCAAACGCAAUUUUUGAGACAUCAUGGCGGCAUGAACCAAAAAUGAGAAAUUUGCUGCUUACAGUAAUAUAUAGAACUCAAAAGCCUAUCAUUAUCAAAAUCCCCGGCCUUCUUGACACUUUAUCCAAUGAAUACUACGCUGAGUUUCUUUCAGCAGCAUUCUCUUGCUUUGCAGCAGCGCGGGUCGCCGUAAGCUAAGAAAUUAUAAGAAGUAUUAUAUAUUUUUGUAUUGAAAUUUUUUAACAAAAUGUAUCUGCUGCAACAAACAAAUUUCAUUUUUCACAAAAAUAUAUAUACACUAAAAGUGAAACAACUUUUAAAAGCCAAUAAUUUAAUCUUGGUACAAAAAUUAAUAAUAUUUUUUUUUUUUCAAAAUCAAUUGUACCCUUGACUUGAACAAUAAUAUUCUUGAAAAUCUUUAAUAAAGUGAGGCUCUGAGUUAACUGAAAAAAACAUAAAAGCAAGUAUAGUUGUUUCUCAGAUAUUAUAAUGA